UGAAUUUUCCCAUGUUCCUAAUUUGUCUCCCAAGUCUAUCCAAUCUCAAUGCGUACUUACGUCCGUAUUCGUAAUCAUACCUUACAGAAUAAAAACGAUUGAUUACCUUUGGGGUGCUAGUCCAUUACCAUAUCAACAUAUCAAGUCUACAGCAUCACUUCCUUCCUCGCCAGCGCCAAAAAUCGUGACCAUAACAUGACCGUGCGUGUUGACGUAGGGGAACAUGCAUAUUCCGCCACAUUAUGGGAAUGGAUUGUUCUCCUCUCAAAGGCGACCGCGAUAACUUUCCGACUCAUGUUGAAAGCCGCAAAGGCAGGCCGACGUGACCAGAAGAAUGGCUUGACUUUCCACCAGUACAUCGCAUACCAAGGAAUGCGCGACUACCAGUGCGGUCUAGAUGCAGUCGCUAUCCAAAACCUGCUUCCCUCGACGUCUAAGACUUGCGAAGGAUUCGCCAGUAGGCACAGGAUCGCGAACUCAACUAUUCGGCUUCCUUGCGGGACGACUGCCCAAUGGCUCGGGCCCCGCAACGCGCUCAAGGUCGUAGUCCUCUUCCAUGGCGGUGGCUACAUGUCGCCGGCGCUCAGCGAGCAUGUCUCGCUCGCAUUCGGCAUGUCGGAUCCCUCUCGACGAGACGCUGCAGUUGUGGUUUUGUCAUAUAAUCUCGCCUGUGAGAGCGCCAAUCGCUAUCCACGCCAGCUGCAACAGGCCGUUGCAUUGCUCGGCCAUCUCCUUCACGUGGAGAAGGUAUUGCCAUCUUCGAUUACCCUGCUCGGUGACUCGGCUGGUGCUCAUCUAUUACUAAGUCUCGUCUUGCAUCUGAGCCAUCCAAACCCACUGGUGACACCGCUCAAAUUCUCGGGCAGAUUAUCCGGCGCCGUCCUCGUUUCGCCGUGGGUCACCAUGGAUACGUCUGCGGCGUCAAUGCAGCUCAACAAAGAUAAGGACGUGCUAAGCGCCAGUUCCCUCGAAUACUGGGCACAGAAUUUCUUAGGCGGCGCGGAUUAUGACUCCUGGAAUACGCCAACUAUGGCGCCAGAGGAGUGGUGGGGGGAUUUGCUGGUAGAUGACAUCCUCGUCCUAUAUGGACACGAUGAACUACUGCGUGACGAUACUCUCAUAUUCUGUGAGAGACUGCGAGCUGGCCAUGCGAAAACAACCGUGUUGGACUUCCCCGGUGAAGCCCAUGUGCACAUGCUAAUGAAUCGGUUCCUGCGUAUUAAUAAACCUUGCAAGUCGGAGGAAACGCUUGUUAACUGGAUGGAUAGUCAUCUAGGAGACGGCGACUGUGUUUAAAUCCAUAAUAGGAACUAAGAACUAGUGCCACAUGGUGAGAACUCGACCCAAAUCGACGGCUACUAGAUUAAGGGUUAAGCGGCAGGGAAGAAACCGAGAAGGGACGAGGAGGUAGAAGGAGGACGAGAGAAAGAUGACAAGGGCAAGAACUGUCUUUGCACUGCUUAGUACAGACUAACUAGCUCGCCCUGAAAUUCUUGCCAUUCUCGAGAAGGGAUAACUUGCUGGUGCAUUCCUAGAGCGGCUCCAUUGUAUUUGCACAGCUUCACAUUUAGUCUUCACAGUUGCCAGACAGCUAGUAGUUUCUUUGAGAGAUUAUAAGCUUCAAAGGUAUCUAGACUAAAAGCACAAACACUUAUCGAACUCCUCUCAAAGCUCAAGAGAUCCUCCACCAAAAAAAGAGAAUAAAUAUCAGACAUCCCCAG